AUGAUAAUAAUAAAAGUGACUGAGUCUGCUUAUAAAGAGAAUAAAUCUGCUGUCCUUAAAGAAAUAAAUAAAAUAAUAAACAAAGAACUUACUGGACAAUACAUCAUAAGUAAUACACACACAGCAGAAGUAAAAGUAAGUAGAGUAAAUACAGCAGGAGAUGCACCACACACAGGAGACAUAUACGAAGAAGGGGACAUGUACGUACAACCAGAGUACUUCACUAAGAAUAUUCCUUAUAAACCAGAAGAACCAGACAAUGACGAAUUACCACCACCAGGCAUAAAUAAGAAAGGAUUCUAUGGAUUAUAAAGAGAUAGUACACUAUGUGUAAUAAG